UCCCAGCCCUCCUCAGAGCGGAGGCGGCUCCCGGGCGGGCGCCUAAAAGGCGGCCGGACGCGCUUUGCUUGCGUCAAAGGCGCACGGCACGGCAGGGCAGCAUGCUGGCUCGCAAGAGCAUCAUCCCGGAGGAGUUCGGCCUGCCGGGGCUGGUGUCGCGCACGCCCCGCAAGCCGGUCUUCCGCGACCGGGUGAACAAGGCGCGCUUCAUCGCCAAGAACGGCUCGUGCAACCUGGCGCACAAGAACAUCCGCGAGCAGGGCCGCUUCCUGCAGGACGUCUUCACCACGCUGGUGGACCUCAAGUGGCGCUUCACGCUCGUCAUCUUCACCACCACCUUCGUCAGCAGCUGGCUGCUCUUCGCCAUGAGCUGGUGGCUGGUGGCCUUCGCGCACGGGGACCUGGACCCGCAGCGCCUCCACGCCGCGCACUGCGUCACCAACGUCAAGUCGUUCACGUCGGCCUUCCUGUUCUCCAUCGAGGUGCAGGUGACCAUCGGGUUCGGCGGCCGCAUGAUCACCGAGCAGUGUCCCGCCGCCAUCACCGUGCUGAUCCUGCAGAACAUCGUGGGCCUCAUCAUCAACGCCGUCAUGCUGGGUUGCAUCUUCAUGAAGACGGCGCAGUCCAACCGGCGCGCCGAGACGCUCAUCUUCAGCCGCCACGCCGUCAUCGCCGUCCGCAACAACCGCCUGUGCUUCAUGAUCCGCAUCGGCGACCUGAGGAAGAGCAUGAUCAUCGGCGCCACCGUCAGGCUGCAGGUGGUGAGGAAGACGAGCACGCCCGAGGGCGAGGUCAUCCCCAUCCACCAGAUCGACGUCCAGACCGAGAGCGCCGUGGACCUCUUCCUGCUCGCCCCGCUCAUCAUCUGCCACGUCAUCGACAAGAACAGAGCUCAGCGCUGCCCGGCAUGUUGUGGCCCAGCGCGGUACUACACCGCGCGCGGCUGUAAAUCGGUGCGGCGUGUGUGUGAGCGCAGUCCGCUGUACGAGCUGUCGGCCAUGGAGCUGCAGUGCAGCGACCUGGAGGUGAUCGUGAUCCUGGAGGGCGUGGUGGAGACCACCGGCAUCACCACGCAAGCCCGGACCUCCUACGUCUCCGAGGAGAUCCAGUGGGGCCACCGCUUCGUCCCCAUCGUGACCGAGGAGGAGGGCGUCUACUCGGUGGACUACUCCAAGUUUGGCAACACAGUGCGGGUGGCCACGCCCCGCUGCAGCGCCCGCGAGCUGGACGAGAAGCCGUCCAUCUUGAUCCAGACGCUGCAGAAGAGCGAGCUGUCCCACCAGAACUCUCUGAGGAAGAGGAACUCCAUGCGGCGCAACAACUCCAUGCGCAAAGGCGGCGGCGGCGGCGGCGGCGGCGGCGGAAGCUUACGGCGAAACAACUCCGGCAUGGUCUCGCCCAAGGUCCAGUUCUUCACGCCCGCCGAGGGCGGUCAGAGCGCGAACGCCGUCACCUGACGCGAGGCCUGCGUCCCGCUGCUUUGCCUCCCGCUCGCCCCUGUGACCUCUGCCCCCGUUGGACUUCUUCUUUGCCUUCUCCUCACAUUUCUCCAGCUCACGCCAGCCCCGCACCUGCAAGGCCGAGAAGAGGGAGUUGCUUCCGGUUGCCAUGGUUACACUUCACUCAGCACUGAUGCAGAAAAAAUUAAUGAUUUGCAUAUUUCUUUCAGGAGAAAAUGUUGCCUUAGUACUCAUGAUCAACACUUUUUGUUAUAAUCCAUUUUUGUCCAUUAAAAAAAUAAUAAUGGAAUAAAUCAUCAACCUUCUGAGUACGAACAUGAAGAAAUUAAAUGAAUGGACACAAAUUAACGUUUUGUGCAUUUGUGUCAGAAAGACUCAGUGUAUGUUGGCCAUAAAUUGCCGCUGAUAUAAAUUAAACUCGACUCACAGAAAAAACUUAACCCAACAUGCUCGAAAAAAAAUGGGACAAAUAUUUUUAAUGAUUUGAUGCAACUAUCCACUAUACUCUGGAUUCAUAAACAACAAAUAGACUAAAAUAAAACACACAAACAUAAAAACAAAUAAUUCAUGAAUAAAUGAAUUCAAUGUAUAACGUCAAAAUUAAAAAAUUGCUACGCUGCAUAAGGAGUAUUCGGUUGGCGCGCACGUUUUACGCCACCUCCAUGGUGACGUCCAGACACGGAAGUAUCAGGUGCUCAUUAAAUAAAAUAAAUGCACGACAUAACAUAAAUAUACACUGU